AGAGUUAACCAUUUCCUACAGUCUGAAGUAUCUUCUUAGCCCACAAGAUGAAAGUGCUGUUAUUUUCUGGUCUUUUUCUCCUUGCCAGCUGUGCAGCAUCGAAAAACAGUUUCUCUCGAGGAAUAGGAAAUGGAGGAAGAGGAAAUCUAGGUGGAUUUGGACGCUUUAGGGGACCUCCACCACCCAUGUUUCCCAAAUGCAAAGAGUUCGAGCAAGCUGUCAACGAGAAAAUGGAAGAGAAGAGAAUGAGCGGCGAAAUCGGACCAUCUAACUGCAGGAGUGGAAAUAUGGAGGAAUGUCGUUUUAACGACCUCUUGAAAGCUCGCCAGGAGGUUACUGUAGAACCGACAGAAGAAUGUUUAGAUCAAGUGAACCAAUAUAUGAAAGGCACACUGAUGACCACUGAAUCGACUUCGAGCAACGAUUAUGGAGAUUCGGAUGCUACUCUUCUCUAAAUACUUGCCUUUGAGACUUCCUUUGUAUGCUUUAGGUUUUCAAAUGCAUUAAUAAAGUGCUUUUAUUUUUGGAGUAAAA